CCCCCUGAGCAAAAGCAGACCGAGAAAGUAGUGACCAAUCCUUUCUGGAUGGCUGUCACCAGGCUCCUCCCAGCCCCCGCUCCCCCUGCCAUUUGCAUACAAAAAAAUCCAGAAAACUCCCGUUUGCCCCCGCAUCUCGCUCAGACCCUCCAUCCCCGUCUGGCAGGCAGAAGCCCGGGCUGGGGGACGCUGCCUGCGGCUGAGGGCAGCGGCGCGCCGCCCGCCCCGCCACCCCGGCCCCCCAAGUCUUUCGGCAGCCCCCCCUCCCCAAAAUGCAGCGCCGACUCUGCGCCCUGCUCCUGCUGGCGUCCCAGUGCAUGGGCUCGGCCGCCGGGCUCUUCCCCUUCGGGGAGCCCGACUUCUCCUACAAGCGCUCCAACUGCAAGCCCAUCCCCGCCCCGAUGCUGCUGUGCCGAGGCAUCGAGUACCAGAGCAUGCGGCUGCCCAACCUGCUGGGGCAUGAGACGGUGCAGGAGGUGCUGGAGCAGGCCUCCACCUGGAUCCCGCUGGUGCAGAAGCAGUGCCACCCCGACACCAGGAAGUUCCUCUGCUCCCUCUUCGCCCCCGUCUGCAUCGACGACCUGGACGAGAUCAUCCAGCCCUGCCACUCACUCUGCGAGGAGGUGAAGGAGAGCUGCGCCCCGGUGAUGUCAGCCUUCGGCUUCCCCUGGCCUGACAUGCUGGACUGCAGCCGCUUCCCCAAGGACAACGACCUCUGCAUCCCUCUGGCCAGCAGCGACCACAUCCUCCCCGUCACCAGAGAAGCACCCAAGGUCUGCGAUGCCUGCAAAAACAAGAAUGAAGACGAUAAUGACAUCGUGGAAAACCUCUGCAAAAAUGACUUUGCCUUGAAGAUAAAAGUGAAGGAGAUUGCCUAUAUCAAUGGAGAUACCAAGAUCACCCCUGAAACAAAGAGCAAAACCAUCUACAAGCUGAAUGGGCUGACAGAAAGAGAUCUGAGGAAGAUCGUGCUCUGGCUCAAAGGUGGCCUCCAGUGUACCUGCGAUGAGAUGAACGACAUCAACGUCCCCUACUUGGUGAUGGGGCAGAAGCAAGCUGGGGAACUGGUGAUCACCUCGCUGAAGCGGUGGCAGAAAGGGCAGAGGGCUUUCAAGCGGUUCUCCCGCAGCAUCCGCAAACUGCAGUGUUAGUGGCUUUGGCUCUGGCUGCCUCCAGCAGCUGCCUCUGUGCUGAGCUCUCUGGGCCUCCCACACCUUCUUGCUUUGGCCCCUCUGAGCCUCGAGAUGCCACGGUCAUCAGACAUGGUGACUGCUGUCUGAGAGGGGAAGGACCUCUCCAUUUUUGUACAUAGGUUAAAAUGUAAUAAAAAAAAAAAUCAUGACUAUUUUUGGGAAGUAUUAAAGUAUCUCGCUUAAAGCUUGGGUUUUUUUUAAUGGUUGCAAAUGUGACUUUGGUCUGAGGUUUUUCCCCUCUUCAUUUUGGUAAUGCUGGUUCAUUUAUAUUGCUGCUUCUCUGUAUACGUGCAUGUUUGUUGUGCAAAAGUAGGAGAUGCAGAGGAAGACAGCCAUGUGUGCAACUGGCCUGUCACAGUGGGUACGACUCUUUCACUGAGGUGAAAUGGCUUGCCAUUUAUAUUAACGCUAUAAAGGUCAUGUUAUGACUCUUGCAUGUGAUACAUAGGCACCAGUAUGAGUAUAUUAACCAUUCUCACAUUUUAUUUUCCACAAGUCUGAGCCCUUCUCUCUCAGAAAAAAUUAACAAGUUUUGGAGCUGGUUGGCCUGGAUGCAACUUUUUUUUUUUUUUUUUAACUCUUUUGCAAAUUAAACCAUCUGUAGCCUAACUGUAAUAUACCUAGUGGUUAACCUGAAAGAGUUGUAAAAUAUUGCUUUAAUUAACCUUGUAAAUACUCCAGAUAAAUGUUAUAUUCUUGUAUAUAAACUUUACAUCAUAGUUUACCCA